CCCACGUGACCGCGGGGCCUCGCGCGCCCGUCCGCAAUAUGGCGUCUCCCAGGAGCGGCGGCGGCCGGCCCGGCCCGGGCUCGGACUGGCGGCGGCCGGCCGGGCCCGCGGAGGGCGCCGCGGAGCCGUGCGAGGCCGAGGCCGGAGCGGAGGGCCUGUACGUGGCCGUGGAGCGCUGCCCGCUCUGCAACACCACGCGCCGCCGGCUGACCUGCGCCAAGUGCGUCCGCGGCGGGGACUUCGUCUUCUUCGACGGCCGCGACUCGGAGCGGUUUUCUGAAAAGAAGGAGAGAUUAAAGACCCUUAAAAGCAAACAGAAUGAAUUCCAGUCCCAGUUGUUAAAAGCUAUGGAAGGGAAAUGGAAAACUGAUCAGCUGAGGUGGAAAAUAAUGUCUUGCAAGAUGAGGAUUGAGCAGCUGAAGCAAACCAUUUGCAAAGAAAAUGAAGAAAUGGCAGGAAACUCCGAGUGGCUUCUUAGAAUUAAGGAUGAGAACCAGAAGCUCUACCGCAGGGCUCAGCGCCAUCAGGAGAAGAAGGAGAAGAUCCAGAGGCACAACCGCAAGCUUAGCGACCUGGUGGAGAAGAGGAGCUACGACUUGAGAAGCCAGCAUGAGCAUCUGGCCAACCUCCGGCGGUCACACAUCUUGGAACUAACCUCGGUUAUCUUCCCUAUUGAGGAGGUGAAGACUGGUAUGAGAGACCCUGCAGACGUUUUCUCCGAGAGCGACAACGCCAUGACUUCUAGCACUGUGAGCAAGCUUGCCGAAGCCCGAAGGACCACCUACCUUUCUGGGCGAUGGGUGUGUGACGAUCACAACGGAGACACCAGCAUCGGCAUCGUCGGACCUUGGAUAACCCUUCCCAACAAUGGAGACUAUUCGGCAUAUUACAACUGGGUGGAAGAGAAGAAGACCACGCAAGGGCCAGACAUGGAGCAUAACAAUCCUGCUUACACCAUCAGUGCUGCUUUGUGCUAUGCAACUCAGCUUGUCAACAUUUUGUCUCAUAUACUCGACGUCAACCUGCCCAAAAAGCUGUACAACAGGCAAUUCUGUGGGGAAAAUCUCAGCAGAAGGAAGUUCACGUGGGCGGUGAAAAAGCUAAAUGCCAAUAUCCUCUACCUUUGCUUUUCUCAGCAUGUAAACUUGGACCUUCUGCAUCCUCUGCAUACACUCAGGAACCUGAUGUACCUGGUCAGUCCCGAGACAGAAAACUUGGGGAGGUCUGGGCCAUUUGAGAUCAGUGCCGAUCUGGAGGACUCCAUGGAGUUUGUGGACCCCAGUGGUGCUGGUGAGACGGAUGAGAGCGGAGACGAGCACGUCAGCGACGAAGAGACGGACCUGGGGACGGACUGGGAGAACCUGCCAAGCCCACGCUUCUGUGACAUCCCCUCCCAGCCGGUGGAGCUGCUCCACAGCCAGAGCACCCAGGCUUCGCAGCCCAUUGCGGCCAGCAGCAGCGCUGGCGGCAUGAUCUCCUCUGCAGCCGCCUCCGUUACCUCCUGGUUCAAAGCAUACACUGGACACCGCUAGAGAAGGGAGGACCUUGUGGGGGCACCUUCUGCCCAGCAUCCCCCCUCGCUGUAGUCAACCUUCUCACGUAUUCAGUUAAGUAGUGCCUGGAACAAAAAGGGUCCGAUUUCUCACUGCAUACGCCCGAGAUGCUUUUUAUUUUACCUGAAUGGCUGUGAGGGUCAUGGAUUUGUAAACUUCUCUAGACAUGCAUUUCAGACCCCUGAAAUGAAACUUGGCACAUCUGGAGUCCCACCUGUCUUGCUGAGGAGGGAAGGAGUAGGAGAACCUUGUCUGUGCUUCUCUUUUUUAAAGUUUGUACUUCCUAAAGAAAGAAACCGACUUGGGGUAUGUGACCUGGCAAUCCUUUGAAGCAUGAGGAGAGAGAGAACUGCUCAAGAACGCGAUAGGAUAGUCCUGCACGUUCAUAAGCUGAUUCCUUUUGAUCAAAUCCCUAACAGGGUUUUUGGGUUUCUUAGCCUUUUUAAUAUGUGUGUAUCUCUCUCCCUCUCCCUCUCCCUCAAAAUACACAGGAAAAUGUCACAACACAAAUGCAAAUUUCCAGAGACGUCUGGCAGGAUGUGCAUAACUGUGCGUUUUUAAAAUGUGGUUUCUAAUCUGCGUUGCCAUAAUUUUAAUACAGAAAUUCAUCAUGGUUCUUCAAAAUCAACAGAUAUUUUUAAACGAAAACAAAAUUGAUGUUAGGUUAUGCCUUUUUUGUGCGCGCACACUGUAUUCAUCUUGUAGUAGGUUUUGUCUUCAAAGUUUUCCCUGUUAAGCUGUCCAGAGUUCCCAGCCUUUGGUUACCAGACACCAAAGAAAGGCUGGCCCAUAGUAACUUGCCAAUACAGAGCAAUCCUAAUGUCACAGAUCCUCUUGUGGGGAAGGGAGCUUUGGCCACACAUCUUCUGUGCUCCGCGUGCUUACUGGGAAAUCUGUGUUUCCAGGGGUGGGAGUGUGAGGAGCAUUUUCCUUCUCAAAAUCCCACAAGAUCGUCGUGCUUAUUUCACAGCACAGCCAGACCUUGCUCAUUGGAUUUUGGCCCACCUGGGACCUCAUGCCCUUGUUUGGAGUAGGCUGGUUUAAAACUGGGGGUUACGCUGCCUUGGGUGAUGUCCCCUCUUUGUUUAGGUCUCUUCAGAAAAUUCAAACUUUGGUUUGUAUUUCCAAGUCUGGUUCAGAAACUUCCCAUGUUGCGAAUUCCUCUGGUGGAGUGAGGACGUCUCCUCUCGUCCCCAAGACACCCAGUGGGUUCUCUCCGUUGGGAGACCCAUUUGCGUAGAGGUCUGUUGUGUGCCAUUCUUCCCCACAAAAAGAGGAGGGGAAGAUUGUGAGAACUGGACUUACCUACUGUAGCAUCUGAUCCAUAUGCAUGCAAGUGGAGGCAAGUGUGGAGGGAUGCUUGCUCACUCUCUUGUGGGAAUUGCCCCCUGCUGGGCAUCUUACCCAGGCCUUAGCUUGGCAUGUGUGGAUCAGGGACAUCUACAGAGAAUGUCCAGUGGCAAUGGAUGUUCUAAUGCCAAGUGACACGAUGUCCAAUGAAACGAGGGGGACGUUGUGUAACUGUCUGCAGUGCUGCAGUUGCCUGCACUCUCUUUCUUUUUUGCACAGAGACUUGGGUGGGUGUUUCCCCCAGUGGUCUAGAGCAUUAGUUGUAUGUCUGUGGGUACCGGUUUGAAAGACCACCACCCUUGCUCCCCGCAAUUCCCCAGCACGAGAGUCUUCUCUGCCUUGGAGCCACUUCAGACUUGCAGCAGAGAUACAGUGCCAUCCUGUGGAGAAUCACUGGCGUGAACAGCACGCUCCGUCCAAAGAAGCAUGCCAAGCAAAGAGCUUUCUCUGGGGGGAUCUUAUCAUGGGGCACGCUCGUGUGCACUCUCUGGCAGUAUGGCCUUUUGAGGACUGUACCGCACGCCAUUGCUAAGCAUUUGGGAGGGAAGGGGAGAUUGUGCCAUUGAGUCAGUGUUUGGACUGGUUCUUAAAUAUUUAUUGCCGAAUCCUUUAUGUCAGGAGUUCUCAAACUUGGGGUUCCCAGAUGUUGUUGGACUACAACUCCCAUCAUCCCCAUCCACAAUAGACAAAGGCCAUUGUGGCUGGGGAUGAUGGGAGUUGCAGUCCAACAUCUGGGGACUUAAUGAGAACCCCUGUUUUAUGGUUUUCUGCUGUGACCAAUUGUUCCAUUUUGGCCCUGGGUGGGUGGAAGGGGAUCCCAAGGAGCUUGACUCUACAAGUCUCUUGUUGCUAAAGCAAAGAUCCUUAAUGCAUUUGGUGGGAUUUCUCAUCAUGCAAAGAGUAAUUUAGGAGAGCAGCACCUGUAUGAUCCAGUCAGCAUCUUUGAAGAUUCCUGUUGGGAACCAACCACAAGAUAACUGGAGGAGAGUGGGAUUAAGCAUCUCAGGGGCUUUGUCCUGGAGUGUGUGUUUGCCUACCUGGGGUCAUCCUACGAGUCACUCCUGUGUCUCAAAACAUUACAUGGAAACACGCUAUUAGGCAAAAGGCACUUUAUUUGUUGCAGACGGGCAGGCUGUGUGAUGUGGAGUUCACAGCUGGCUUUCCCCAGUGAAAUCCUUGGGGCUCCCAAGGCCCUUCUGUAUGUAAAUAUUUGUGUGUGUGUGUGUAUCUUUGUUUCUCUCAUCCUUGUCUUUUUAACCUUUGCACUAUUUGUUAAUGGUUUGGGUUUUUCUUUUUCAUUUAUUUUUGCAAAAUAAAGCAAAAGCCAACACUGUUUUCAUAUACAUGCAAGAAACCAUUUCCCGGUUAAGCCCGGCAAACUGAGACGAAUAUAUUUGAGUAAUAAGCCAUGAAGCCACCUGUGUCAUGAUUUCCUCAUUUUGAAAUGAUGCCUCUUGCAGUAGUGUAACCUCCAUUCAGAGUCCAUACAGGGCACCCCAAGCGCUUGUAAUAAGUUAGGGUGUCUGGUCCUUGAAGAAAAACUUUUUGUAAUGAUGGUUUUGGGAGGUUUUUUGGGUGCGUUUUUAAAGAAAUUUUUUUACAGGUCUGUAGCUGUUUGUUAAUACCAGGAGGAGUCCAAAACCUUCAGUGCAAUUGAGAAGAGAUGACCAUUCUGCUUAAGAAAGGGAGAAGCUUCCCUGAUAAGAGAGAUGCUGGUUGCAACCAGCCAGCAGAGCGAUUUGCAAGAUUGCAGUUGUGAUGCCACAAAGGCCGGACUGUGUGUUUAGGCCAAGAUUCUCAAAGAUGCCUCGUGGAGUCUGUGAAAUGGUGUGGCUUGCUGUCUGAAAACACAGAUUCCAUUUGAGUAUCUCCCAUCUCCAAUCUCUUUCCAGAGGUCUUGGCCUUGCUGUGCCACUUGCAGACAAGUAGGGUUGUAAUUAAACACAGAUGUGUGAGUGUUUUCUAAAAUUUAUUGUAUUGCUGCAAUAAAUCUUUUAACAGGA